AUGUCCUUAACUACUGCUGCUCCACUUUUGGCGCUACUAAGGGAGAAUGAAGAUUCUGUCAAGACAUAUGCCCUAGAAUCUAUAAAUAAUGUUGUCGACCAAUUAUGGUCUGAAAUUUCGAAUGAAUUGCCAGACAUUGAAGCAUUGUACGAUGAUGACACUUUUUCCGAUCGUGAAAUGGCUGCUUUGAUUGCAUCCAAGGUGUACUACAACCUUGGUGAAUAUGAAUCUGCCGUUAGAUAUGCUCUUGCCGCAGAGAGUCGUUUCAACAUAGAUGAACAAUCUCAGUUCGUUGAAACCAUAGUCUCAAAGAGUAUCGAAAUGUACGUCCGCAGAGCUUCCAGGCAAUACACUAAGGACGAACUGUUUUACACUAAGGAUACUAUUGACCCAAAAUUAACGUCUAUUUUUGAACGCAUGAUAGAAAAAUGUUUACAAGCCUCCGAACUUAAACUUGCUUUAGGUAUUGCCUUAGAAGGCUAUAGAUUGGAUAUAAUUGAGAAUACUUUAAAAAACAAGCUGGAUCACGAUUCAGCUUCUGAGAAUGUUAAAAUCAUUAACUACUUAUUAUCACUUGCCAUAAGCACCGUGACAAACUCGAAAUUCAGAUCCUCGAUAUUGAGAAAAUCUUUUGACUUCCUAAUGAGCAUGCCUAAUCGCGAUUAUUUAACGCUCAACAAAGUGGUUGUGAAUUUGAAUGAUGCCGAAUUGGCACUUCAAUUAUUUAAAAAAUUGAAGGAAGAAAACGAUGAAGGGUUAUCCGCGCAAAUUGCAUUUGAUUUAGUCUCUUCUGCAUCUCAGCAAUUACUUGAGAUAUUGGUUACUGAAUUAACUAGUCAAGGUUGCGAUUCCGGCUUAUUGAAUAUUCUGUCCGGUCUACCGACUUGUGAUUACUACAACACCUUCCUUUUGAAUAAUAAAAAUAUUGAUAUUGGCCUGUUAAAUAAAUCCAAAUCAGCUUUGGAUGGGAAGUUUUCUUUAUUCCAUACCGCCGUCAGUGUUGCUAACGGGUUCAUGCACGCUGGUACCACCGACAACUCGUUCAUCAAGGCAAACUUACCUUGGUUAGGAAAAGCUCAAAACUGGGCAAAAUUUACGGCCACAGCCUCGCUAGGUGUCAUCCAUAAAGGUAACCUGUUAGAAGGUAAAAAGGUUAUGGCUCCUUAUUUACCGGGUAGUCGAGCUUCUUCUAGAUUCAUUAAAGGUGGUUCAUUGUAUGGUUUAGGUUUGAUCUAUGCUGGUUUCGGUCGUGAUACUACUGACUACUUAAAGAACAUUAUAGUCGAAAAUAGCGGAACUGCAGGUGAUGAAGAUGUAGAUGUCUUAUUACAUGGUGCUUCCCUAGGUAUUGGUCUUGCUGCUAUGGGAUCAGCCAAUAUUGAAGUGUAUGAAGCCUUAAAGGAAGUUCUUUAUAACGACUCUGCAACAUCCGGAGAGGCUGCUGCGCUAGGUAUGGGUCUGUGUAUGCUAGGAACAGGUAGGCCCGAAGCUAUUCAUGAUAUGUUCACGUACUCUCAAGAAACUCAACACGGUAACAUUACUCGUGGUUUAGCAGUUGGAUUAGCUUUAAUAAAUUACGGCCGUCAAGAGCUAGCUGAUGAUUUAAUCGCCAAGAUGUUAGCAAGUGAUGAAUCUCUAUUACGUUACGGUGGUGCUUUCACAAUUGCAUUGGCCUAUGCGGGCACGGGUAAUAACUCUGCUGUCAAGAGGCUACUACAUGUGGCUGUUUCAGACUCCAACGAUGACGUUAGGAGAGCUGCAGUCAUUGCAUUGGGCUUUGUUCUUUUACGUGAUUACACCACAGUUCCAAGAAUUGUUCAACUUCUAUCGAAGUCUCAUAAUGCCCACGUUAGAUGUGGUACUGCAUUCGCACUUGGAAUUGCAUGCGCUGGUAAAGGUUUACAAUCAGCCAUUGACGUGUUGGAACCGUUAACAAAGGAUCCGGUUGAUUUUGUUCGCCAAGCGGCAAUGAUUGCCUUAUCUAUGAUUCUAAUUCAACAAACCGAAAAGUUGAACCCACAAGUUGCUGAGAUUAACAAAACAUUCUUGAGUGUAAUCACGAAUAAGCACCAAGAGGGAUUAGCUAAAUUUGGUGCAUGUGUAGCACAAGGUAUAAUGAAUGCUGGUGGACGUAAUGUCACAAUUCAGCUCGAAAAUGCCGACACGGGUACUCUGGACGCCAAAUCUGUGGUUGGUUUGGUCAUGUUCUCGCAAUUCUGGUACUGGUUCCCAUUGUCUCACUUUUUAUCCCUAUCUUUUACUCCAACAACAGUUAUCGGUAUCCGCGGUAAUGACCAAACUAUACCAAAAUUCCAAAUGAACUGUUAUGCCAAAGAAGAUGUAUUCAGCUAUCCAAAGAUGUACGAGGAAGCCAGUGGUAAAGAAGUAGAAAAGGUAGCUACUGCUGUUCUUUCCACCACUGCAAGAGCAAAGGCCAGAGCAAAAAAGACAAAGAAGGAGAAGGGUCCCAAUGAAGAAGAAAAGAAAAAAGAACGUGAGGAAAAAGAGAAGGAAGCAGACAAAAAAGACAUAAAGGAAACAAAAGAAAAUGACGAAGAAUUUUACAAGAACAAAUACUCUUCGAAGCCUUAUAAAGUUGAUAAUAUGACUCGUAUACUGCCCCAGCAAUCAAGAUAUAUUUCUUUCAUCAAGGACGACAGAUUUGUUCCUGUACGUAAAUUUAAAGGAAACAACGGUGUGGUAGUUUUAAGAGACAAAGAACCUAAAGAACCAAUAGAGAUGAUUGAAACCGUCAAACAAAUGAAGGAUGUUAAUGCUCCACUUCCAACACCAUUUAAGGUUGAAGAUAACGUUGAUUUCCCAAAUGCUUAA